AUGCUGGAAGAAUUUAAAAAGGACAUGAUGAUGAAGUAUGAGAUGACUGAUUUGGGCCUUCUUCAUCAUUUCCUUGGAAUGGGUGUAAUUCAGACAAACUCAAGCAUUUUCAUUCAUCAAAAGAAAUAUGCAAAUUCCUUACUAAAUAAGCUUGGUUUAAAUGAGUGCAAGACUGUGACUACACCUCUUGUGGCAACUGAGAAGUUGACUAAAGAUGAUGGAAGUGGAGUUGCAAGUGAAGAACAAUACAGAAGCAUCGUGGGUAGUCUUAUGUAUCUCACAGCCACUAGACCUGAUAUUAUGUAUGCUUCUAGUCUUCUUGCUAGGUUCAUGCAUUGUCCUACUAGCAAGCACUAUGGAACUGCCAAAAGAGUGCGUAGGUACAUCAAGGGGACCCUGAACUAUGGUUUAGCGUAUGUGAGAGGCAAGAAUGCAAUGUUGAUUGGUUUAUGUGAUAGUGAUUGGGGAGGAUCACUUGAUGACAAUAAAAGCACAUCUAGAUAUGCAUUCUCUUUCAGAAGUGGUGUCUUCUCUUGGGCUUUAGUCAAGCAAAACUAUGUGGCACUAUCUACUACAGACGCAGUGUACAUAAGUGCAUCUGAAGCCACUACACAAGCAAUUUGGCUCAGGUUUGUCCUAGAAGAUUUUGGAGAACUUCAAACUGAAGCAACUCCAUUGCAGUGUGAUAGCACCUCUACAAUUGCAAUCACCAAGAACCCUGUGUUUCAUCAUAAGACAAAGCACAUUGAUAAGAGGUAUCAUUUCAUUAAAGAUGCAUUGCAGGAAGGUAUUAUUGAUUUGGUGUAUUGUCCUACAAAUGAGUAG